UCUUUAGAAAGCUGUGCUGCUGUGACUUUCUCUCUCACUCUCGUAAGUGGUGUGUGUGUGAGUCCUCUUCAAGCUUUAGUCACGUACGGUUGCAGCAAUGGCUCUGCUGAAGACUUGCAAGAUUAUUUCAUCGGUUGGGGUGUAUAGCCCAGCUCUGGGAGUCUUACCUCUCCGCGCAAGCUCAUGGUGGUCUGAGGUGCAGAUGGGCCCCCCUGACCCCAUCCUUGGGGUGACUGAAGCUUUCAAGCGUGAUACCAACCCCAAGAAGAUGAACCUUGGAGUGGGGGCUUAUCGUGAUGACCAGGGGAAACCCUUUGUUCUUAGCUGCGUCCGCAAGGCUGAGACUCAGAUUGCUGCUAAGAAGUUGGACAAAGAGUACCUUCCCAUUGGAGGCCUGGCAGAUUUCAACAAGGCUUGUGUUCAGCUUGCUCUGGGACCUGACAAUGAAGUCCUGAAGAGUGGCAGAAGUAUCACCGUUCAGACCAUUUCAGGAACUGGAUCUCUGCGUAUUGGAGCCAAUUUCCUGUCCCGGUUCCACACUGCAGUGCGUGAUGUGUACCUGCCGAAGCCCUCAUGGGGAAACCACACACCCAUCUUCAGAGAUGCAGGCAUGCAGCUGAAGGCUUACACCUACUACGACCCAAAGACCUGUGGCUUUGACUUUAAGGGAGCCAUUAAUGACAUCUCAAAAAUCCCAGAGAAGAGUGUGAUUGUUCUGCAUGCAUGUGCUCACAACCCCACUGGAGUAGACCCAAAACCAGAGCAGUGGAAGGAGAUGGCUGAUGUGAUCAAGAAAAGAAAUCUUUUGGUGUUCUUUGACAUGGCUUAUCAGGGCUUUGCCAGUGGGGACAUUGACCGGGACGCUUGGGCUGUGCGCCAUUUUAUUGAACAAGGCCACAAUAUUGUUCUCUCGCAAUCCUUUGCUAAGAACAUGGGCCUGUACGGUGAGCGUGUAGGAGGUUUUACAGUUGUGUGUAAGGAUUCUGAGGAGGCCAAGCGUGUAGAGUCCCAGCUGAAGAUUCUCAUCCGUCCCAUCUAUUCCAACCCCCCUUUGAAUGGAGCUCGCAUUGCUGCAACCAUACUUGACACACCUGAACUCUACAGUGAGUGGCUGGUUGAGGUGAAAGGCAUGGCCGAACGCAUAAUUAAGAUGAGGGACAUGCUUGUCUCAAAUCUUAAAAAGGAGGGCUCCACUCAUAACUGGCAACACAUCACUGACCAGAUCGGCAUGUUCUGCUUUACUGGCCUCAAGCCUGAGCAGGUGGAACGUCUAAUUAAUGAUUACUCUGUCUACAUGACAAAGGAUGGACGUAUCUCCAUGGCAGGCGUGACCUCCGGAAAUGUGGGCUACCUUGCUCACGCCAUUCAUGCAGUUACCAAGUGAAUCAGAUGUGUUUGUAGAUGUUAUAUACUGUAGUGACAUUCGACUUGCACACAAACUGUCUUUUGUUGAAAUUGGGAGCGUGUUAAGUAGGAAUUCCCUGAUUGUUAGCUCAUCUUGAUUGGCAUUAUUAAUAAUAAUAAUUUAUUAUAUAAAAUGGAAAAAGUAAAGUUUAAAAGCACUGCACUUAUAAAUUUCCCUUUGAGGGAUGAGAGAGAUCAAGCUAUACUGAUAUUACAGAGUUCCCAAAGAGCACAAUUUCUUAGUGGCAAUAGUUUCUCAAAAAAAAACCUCCCCCCUCUAUUUAAGUCAGUAAUGUUUCAUCUGAAAAUUUGUAAAUAGAAUAUUAUGAAUCCAAAGCACUUAAGAGAGAAAUAUAUUCAGACAAAUAACUUGAGCUAGCAGAUCUGCCCAUUUCAGUAAUGCUAAUUUUGUGGUAUUUACUUUAUAAACUGUUACAGACCUUUUCAUCUGAUCAUUGGAGUCGUGUUCUUUGUCCCAUUAAAUAUCUUGGGCAUUCAAUUAUACAUGAAGCAAAAGCACUUUUUAGAGGAGACUCUGAGUUUGGAGCAGUUAAUAAACUAGCUGCAGGAUUUGUAUCGGAUGUGAUUCAAUGUGUGUAAAUUCCCACAAUAUUAAAGCACUUGUUCCAACCUGACAAAUGCAUGUUACAAUUACAUUACAAAUCAAACUAGUACAGCUAAAAAAAAAAAAAAAUCAUAAUCAGUUUUAUUCCCAUUUCUUUUGCACAUCUGAUUUAAUUACCGGUGGGUGUAAAUGUAUUGUAGGUUAUAUGGAGUUUUAUUCAUUUGGAUGCAUAAUACACAGGCUUAUAAAUAGGCGGUUUGGUUGAAACAAUUUAAAAUUUCUUUUGUCAUCAACUAUGAAUCUCCAAUUUUUCUCAACUGUUAAGUGUGAAAUGUUAUAUGCAUAAUAUCUCCUAAAACCUUGUGCAGUCAACCAAUAAAGAUGAGCUUACCAAG